CGACUUUGUUAAGAAAGUAAAGGCCCGAGAUCAUGGUCUAUACUUGUCAUUAUUUGCUAUCCUUUGCCAGAGGGAUCGUACAUCCCAUGAAAUAUAUGAAGAGCUAGUUUUGAUAUUUCAGAAUCAUGAUGAUCUGCUCGAGGAGGUCACACGAUUUCGACCUCCCUUAAUGGAAAGAAGGAUCGGUAGACGCUGCUCUCUAUGUUGGCUUCUUUUUCCUUCUCUUGUGGUUGCCUUUAGCUUCUACCUAACUUGCGAGAAACCUCUGAAUUGUUUCCUUCAAAGCACAACAUGAAAUGUAGACAUAGUUUUGUUGUUGGGCAUUGAAAAAUUGUUGUUCAGAAGUGCUCGGAUUCCAGAAUCGUGCUUCUCUCGCUUGUUGAUGCCUACCUUGACAAAUUGACAAGGGCUAACUGGUUUUCUUUGGUGUCUCUUGGAUAUAUUUGGAUUGUUAGAAGAAAUUGAAAAAAGAUCUUGCAGUUUGUCAAUUUUUUUUUCUUUCAGACAAUUAUUUAGGAAAGGUGUGACUUCACAAUUCUAACUUCUACUUUGUAUGUUAGUAAUCUACUCCUUUCACCGUUGUAUAUUCAUAAUUCUCUCCAUUCAACAAUACCGAGAA